AUGGCCGAGGUCAUGAAGCGCCGCAGUGGUCGCGAGAUACCAUGCUACACCCAAGAGCCCGAUUACACGCACAUCUCGAGACGAUUCCUCCAGAACCACGACUUCACGGUCCUCGACGGCGUUAAGGGGUUCCUCGAGGUCGACGACACGACGCUCGUCUUCACCUGCUCGCCCAACGUGCCGGUCAAGCAAAUCGUGGCCGAGCUGGCCAGGCCGGCCAUCAUCGUCUGGGACGCCGACAAAAUGCGGCUGCGCAGGGAGGCGCGUGGCGAGGCGGAAGCGCAGGUCGACGGAUUCGGCCAAGGCUCUGAGACACUGAGGUACGUUUCACAUCUCCCCUAG